UGGUGAUUGAUGUAAAAGUAAGGGUAAUGCAGUCUGGAGGGGUAAAAGUUGGACUGUGUAUUACAACGUAACCAGAGCCAACACCUGUUUGUGUAGAAACAAGUCGUGAAACUAUACUCACGUUCUGCUCCUCUCAGCCCUCUUUUUUCUUUUUCUUUUUGGCUACGAACGAGCUUACUCGUCCCUGCUCUUCAUUCCCCCCGUCUACGGUGUUCAUUUUCAGUUUUUCGCGUUUGUAAAAUGCCUCCCAAGAAAGUGGUUCAAGAGACCAAGGUCCAAUGGGGCCGUCCUGGUAACAACCUGAAGGCAGGUAUUGUUGGUAUGCCUAACGUUGGUAAGUCUACCUUCUUCCAAGCUAUCACCAAGUCUGUGUUGGGUAACCCUGCCAACUACCCUUAUGCCACCAUUGAGCCCGAGGAGGCCAAGGUUGCCGUUCCUGAUGAACGUUUCGACUACCUUACUGAACUGUACAAGCCCGUGAGAAUUGUUCCCGCUUUCUUGACUGUGAUUGAUAUCGCUGGUUUGACCAAGGGUGCCCACACUGGUGCUGGUUUGGGUAACUCCUUCUUGUCCAAUGUUCGUGCCGUUGAUGCUAUUUUCCAAAUGGUUCGUGCUUUUGAUGAUGCUGAAAUCGUUCACGUUGAGGGUGAUGUCAACCCUGUCCGUGAUUUGAGCAUUAUUCUUGAGGAGUUGCUCAUUAAGGAUGCUGAGUUCGUUACCAAGCAUCUUGAGGGAUUGAAGAAGAUCACUUCUCGCGGUGCCAACACCUUGGAGAUGAAGAUGAAGAAGGAGGAGCAAGCUACCACCGAGCGUGUUCUUGAACACUUGACCGUCACCAAGCAGCCCAUCCGUAAGGGUAACUGGACUAACAAGGAGAUCGAGUUCAUCAACACCCUGCUCCUUUUGACUGCUAAGCCCGUCAUCUACCUUGUGAACAUGAGCGAGCGCGACUACUUGCGCCAAAAGAACAAGUACUUGCCCAAGAUCAAGGCUUGGAUUGACGAGAACUCCCCCGGUGACAUCCUUAUUCCUGUGUCUGUUGCCUUCGAGGAGCGUCUCACUCGCAUGCCUGAGGAGGAGGCUCAAGAAGAAUGCAAGCGCCUUAACACCAAGAGUAUGCUGCCCAAGAUUAUUAUUACUGGUUACAACGCACUUAAGCUCAUUAACUACUUCACUGUUGGUCCCGAGGAGGUUCGUGCCUGGACCAUUCGUGACGGUACCAAGGCUCCUCAAGCUGCAGGUGUGAUUCACACCGAUUUCGAGAAGGCUUUCGUUUGUGGUGAAAUCAUGCACUACGACGACCUUGUUGAGUACAAGUCCGAAAACGCCUGUCGUUCUGCCGGUAAGUACAUGACUAAGGGUAAGGACUACGUGAUGGUGUCCGGUGAUGUUGCCCACUGGAAGGCCGGUAAGCGUUAAGCAGUCGCUGAGCGCGCCUAGUCACUGGCAUUUAAGAGACAAAAAUAAGAUUACUGAAGGCUA